CUCCGCACGCUCUCCCCCAUCCCAUCUGCCCCAUGCCGCCUCCUCCCUAGACAAGUGAGUGUCCUGGGCGUAGCCACCAGGUCCGGUCAGAGGCUCAGCGCCCGCCGCUCUAGGGAACCCACACGUAGCCGGAGCUGCCGCGGGACCGAAAGCCUCAGCACCCGAGACCUCGAGCGACCCGUCCCCACCCCGCCCGGCAGCAACAAGCAGAGCCGCCACCCUCUCCAAACCCCAGGACCCCAGCCACCUCUAUGAGAAAAGGAGACGCAGGGCAAAGGAGCUGGACGUUUGGCAGCCGGACUCCCCCGCAAGCGCGCGGCGCCCGCUCGGCGUCUGCUCCGCGAUCACCCGGAAAGCCCGAUGCCAGCGCCGCGCGUCGGCUGAAAGGGGACAGGGCCGGUUUCUCCCGCUCGCCCGGGAUCCGGUCUCUGCAGCGGCUGCGCGUCCCAGCCGGGGCUCCGCCGUCCCGAGAGUGAGCUGCAGCGACAGAAGGACCAAAGCAGCGACCCGGGGUUGGCCCGGGCUAGGGAAGGAGGGACGGAGCGGAAGGAGGGCGCAGGGGGUGGGGAGGGGAUCCCGGAGAAAAGAGAUGGCAACGUCUCUCAUCCAAGCGUGCCGCAGUCUGGCUCUCUCAACAUGGCUGCUUUCCUUUUGUUUCGUGCAUCUGCUCUGCCUGGACUUCACAGUGGCGGAGAAGGAGGAAUGGUACACAGCCUUCGUGAACAUCACCUAUGCCGAGCCCGAGCCGGGGCCCGCGGUGGCAGGCGGCGGUGGCGGCGCCGAGCUGCACACGGAGAAGAGCGAGUGCGGGCGGUAUGGCGAGCACUCGCCCAAGCAGGACGCGCGCGGCGAGGUGGUUAUGGCCAGUUCGGUCCACGACCGCCUGGCGUGCGACCCCAACACCAAGUUCGCCGCGCCGGCCCACGGCAAGCAUUGGAUAGCCCUCAUCCCCAAGGGCAACUGCACCUACAGGGAUAAGAUCCGGAACGCGUUCCUGCAGAACGCCUCGGCCGUGGUCAUCUUCAAUGUGGGCUCCAACACCAACGAAACCAUCACCAUGCCCCACGCAGGUGUGGAAGACAUCGUGGCUAUCAUGAUUCCUGAGCCCAAAGGGAAGGAGCUAGUGAGCCUGCUGGAAAGGAACAUCACCGUGACCAUGCACAUCACCAUCGGAACCCGGAACCUGCAAAAAUAUGUGAGCCGCACGUCGGUUGUGUUUGUCUCCAUCUCCUUCAUUGUGCUGAUGAUCAUCUCGCUCGCGUGGCUGGUCUUUUACUAUAUCCAGAGGUUCCGAUACGCGAAUGCCAGGGACAGGAACCAGCGCCGCCUGGGAGACGCAGCAAAGAAAGCCAUCAGCAAGCUCCAGGUCAGAACCAUCAAAAAGGGUGACAAGGAAACAGAGUCUGAUUUUGAUAACUGUGCAGUCUGCAUCGAAGGGUACAAGCCCAGCGAUGUGGUCAGGAUCCUGCCCUGCCGGCACCUUUUCCACAAGUCCUGUGUUGACCCCUGGCUUCUAGACCAUCGCACCUGCCCCAUGUGCAAGAUGAACAUUCUUAAGGCCCUAGGGAUCCCGCCCAACGCUGACUGCAUGGACGACUUGCCCAUUGAUUUUGAGGGCUCUCUAGGAGGCCCACCGACCAAUCAGAUCACAGGAGCCAGUGACACCACUGUAAAUGAAAGCUCUGUCACUCUGGAUCCUGCUGUACGGACAGUGGGGGCCCUGCAGGUGGUCCAGGACCCAGAUCCUACCCCUCAGGAGGGAGAAGCCAUCUUUACAACUAACAGUGAUCAAGAGCCAGCGGUGAGCAGCGAUUCAGACAUCUCGUUGAUUAUGGCACUGGAAGUGGGACUGUCUGACAUAGAACUUUCCACUGACCAAGACUGUGAAGAGAUGAAAUCCUGAAAUGGUAGAAACAGACAAAAGAAAACAGGACCCAGGCGGACAAGAAGGAAGCAUGUUCUGAGAUGUGAACUGGAUACACAGCCUUCAAGUCCCCAUGGCAACCCCAGGGCACUCUGCUCAAGGAUGGUAACGAAAGCAAUAUCCAAAGUCUCCUGAAUCAGGAUGCGAG